AAAGGGCAAGAGAAGGUGACAAUGAGUUAGACAAACAGGUUAGGGUGAAUGAGGAAGGAGACAGCGCAGCAGAGGAAAGAAGAAGAAGAACCAAAGGAGUAUCAAGAACAGACACAAACUGGACAAUAUCGUCUGCCAGAGCAAUUUCAGAGGAAUUUGGGGUCAAGAUAUACAGGAAAAUCCAGAAGGUACAAUGCAAGAAAAUCAAGCAGUCAUUGAAGGUGAAAACGUGUCACUUUCAGGGAAAUCUGACUUCAUGGGCUCUGGUGACGAAUGGUUCAUGUUUGAAAGAAUUAAGAUUGAACAGAGAGCUGUUGAGAAAACGUACAAGGAUUCAGAGGAGAGUGGAGUUACUGUAAGCAUCCCAGUACGAUGGACUCCUAGAGAAAGAAGAGAAGAGGAAGAAAGAAGUAGUGAGAAAUCGAAGAACGAAACGGUCGCAGAAUCUCAAGCGACGGAAGAAAUGUUUCAAAUUGAUCACGGGAAGCUUCGAGAAGAACAGGUUGAGUCUGCAGAGGAUGAUGAAGCAGAACAUUCCUCGGAAGAAGAGCCGGAUCAUUUCGAUGAAGAUGAGGUGAAGAUGUACAGCAAGGAGGGUUACCUUGUGGAUUUUUUCCACACUUUGACAGAGUUCAGGGAUUCAUUGCUGCUCACCAACCUCACUUUGAGCACGGAUGAUGGGAUGACUUUUCAUGUACAUUCUCUUGUCUUGGGCGCUGUCAGCUCAGUUAUACGCGAAAGGCUCAUUAGAGGCAAAGCGGGGAACGAAACAGUCGACGGAAGACCAGAUGAAAAUGGUGUCGGAGUCUCUAAGUGGUCACUGCCUCUGGGUCCAGAUGUGGAUCAUGUUGGAUUGGAAGCAGUUGUGGAGUUUGCUUACACUGGACUCGUGACACUUUUGAGGGAGAACACUUUGUACCAGAUAAAGGCAGCAGCUCAAACGCUAGGAAUCCAACGAGUGCUGGAUCUCUGCACAAAAGAAGAAGAAAAAUCUGCAAAAACUGGAGGGAAAGGGAAGGAGGAAAGGGUCUCUGCUGCAGAUCAAUUGAGGGUCAGUCUUCAGUCCAUGAAACAGCUGUGGAUGGACAGAGUGGGCUGUGACGUAACUCUGGAAGCAGUCGGAGGACCACUUCAUGUCCAUAGAGUCGUCCUUGCUGUGGGGAGUGACUACUUCCGCAGCAUGUUCACCUUGCGGAUGAGAGAGUCCAAUCAGCCAUGUGUGACCCUUCCCUUCCUGUUGGCUUCAGAGCUGGAGAUUCUCAUUGGCUGCUCCUACAGCGGGGUUCUACCCCUCAGCUGGAAGUGUGCCUUUGAGAUCACCAGUACUGCUCUUCAGCUCCAGUACCAACCUGCGCUCUCCUUGUGCCAGAACUUCCUGCAACAAGAAAUAAAUCCUCACUCUUGCCUUGAUGUGGCAUCGUUUGCUGAGGCCUACGAGAUGGCGCAGCUUCUUGAAGUUGCAGAUGAUUAUGUCUUGCUGCAAUUCCAAAAGGUAGCGUGUACCUCAAAGUUCAAGGACCUGCCAGCCAACCAGCUCCUGAGGUACCUGAACAGUAGCUCACUGUGCGUUCCAUCUGAACUUGUUGUUUUCAAAGCAGUGGUGGCGUGGAUCCAAGCAAAGCCCAAGAUAAGAUUGAAGCUUGCUAAAGAACUAAUGAAAACCAUCCAAUUUACAUUGAUGACAUUUAAGGAAUUCAGAGAGGUUCAAUCUCUAAACAUGUGGUCUGAUCACAGCCAGGCAGAACUCUUUGAAGCCAUUAAAAAGGAUUUUUGCUCAAAUGACUUUGCCCCGCUGAGUCAAUAUCGCAUCUAUCUACCAAAAGAGAGCCUGGUCUUGAUUGGGGGUGAUCAGACUUCUGAAGACCUCAGUAACCGCAGCAUCAGCAGAGAACUCUGGUUCGGGAAUUCCCUUAGGAACCAUACAGGAAUACGAAAGGCCAUGGAGUGGCGUAAGUUGGGAGACAUGCCAGAGCCAACAAGGUUCAGACAUGAGGUGUCUGUGCACAAAGGACAACUAUAUGUGUUUGGAGGCAAGAAGUAUUAUGGCUCCAAUGACACCAUGAAUUCGGUCUACAGGUAUGACCCAGUUCUAAACACCUGGGAGAGCCUUGCUGACAUGCAGCACAAGAGAUCCACUUUCUCUGUAGUGGUGCUGGAUGGAAAGAUUCUGGCCAUUGGUGGGCAUUCUGACCUUCACUUUGAAAACAGUGUGGAACAAUACUGCCCAACUGCAAACUCAUGGAGGUUCACCUUGCCCUUAGAUUUGCCUCUGAGUGGACAUGUAGCAAAAGUUUUACGAGGACAGAUCUAUGUCUCAGGAGGGCUAAACAAUGACUACAAGUGUGUUUCAUCCAUGUUUCUGUACCACCCUGAGACAGGAAGCACUUACCUGGCCAACAUGGCUCAAUCUCGGGCUAAUCACUGCAUGGAGACCCUGGGUGAAUGUCUGUAUGUCGCCGGUGGAAUCACCACAGAUGAAAACAUGACUGCUGUUAACCAGCUAGCUUGUGAGAUGUACAAUCCAGCUGCUGAUUCCUGGACUGCCUUUACAUCCCUGCCGGUGCCACAUGUUGGAGCAGGAAGUGCAGUUUUGGAGGGCAAAUUUUAUGUGCUGGGUGGAUACAGCCAUGAGAGCUACAGUGACAUAAAGAUGGUUCAUCGUUAUGAUCCCAGUGCACAAAGAUGGGAGAAUAUGGGCAGGAUGCCUGGACCGAACAAUGACAUACGAGCAUCUCUGCUGUGUUUACCACAACACUUCCGACUGUAACACGUAAAGAAAAACUCCAUCGCCGUAGUUGUUUUACAUUAAGUUUAUUGAUGGUGAAUUUCAUGAUCGUUUUUGCAUGCGGUAUAUUUGCAAUUUAGCAAGCAUUUUUUCAUUGUAGACAAUGCGAGAAUGUCAGGUUGUCAAAACUGCCAAUUUUUGAUACCGCAUUUUUCCACGUAAUUUCUGAUUCUAUCCACUGUCCUGUCUCUCAAAUAAAGGCACUAAAACCCCAAAAAUGUAUCUUUAAAAGAAGAAGAAAAAGAACUUUGUCAAUAUUGGGUACCCAGAAUUUCUAUUUUUGUCACUGUGGUAUCGUAACAGAUAUUGAUAUUAAAACAUCUUGUUUAAUGUCUAGACUAAGAAUGUUUAUAAUGGUCCUAGAUUGUCUAAUUUAAUAUAUUGAGUUUGAUUUUGGUAAAGGUAGAUUAAACUGUAGGCAUGCCAAAUGUAGGAUAUACAUCCAAUGUAUUGCAUUCUACAUAUUCCAAUUAGCUGUUAAUUUUUAAAAAUGUGCUUUAUGAUGAUGACUAUUCCCAUAACAAAACAAAGAAUAAACCUUUUUAGAACUGAAUAUAGCAAUAACCCACUAUGAACACAAGAGGGAGUAGAUUCAUUCUUAAAAACCGGCUGUCCAAGACAUUUUUCUUUGAAGGUGUUACAAACAGUGAGAACAAUAGACAAGAGAAGAGACAAAAGUUUUUGUUUUUGCAUUUAUUGAUUCAAGAAUAUUGAAGCACAUGAAUAUUUCCAUUCAAAUGUUAUUGAAGAUAAAAAGUGUGCUAUUUGUUUUUCUGUGUUUCAAAUAAAAGCGUGUUCGAAUUUG